GAAUCUUACGAGCGCUUGACUGAGCUGCAACGUCGUAAUUUGCUCCAGCCUCAGCACCUACGCACAAGCUAUCCAGUUGAGACUCAGAUGUGUCAGCUGGCCAUAUUCACUGAUGCAAUCCAACGCCAGGCAGCUGAACAGCAACAUUUAGCCUCCAGGGAACAGAGCGAGGCCUCGGUUCAUCAUGAGAAAAGCGAUGAGAUGACAACUUUUGAGGUAGUUGCCAGCUCCGCAGUUGGUAAGCAUGAACCGAUUCGCAACCGCCCCACCGCCAUUACUUGUGAUACCUCUGCUUCUUCUGCCAAGAAUUCAGCACCUGCCGGUUAUGUUCCAGAGCCGCGGGACGUAACACAACUCACAGAGACCUGGCUAGCAGCAUCACACCCCCUUGUGAUGGAAAUUAUUCCUAGCCGCUCACUUGCAUCGUUAAACUUAUCACGAUUACCUGAUUGUCGCGGGACGAAUCAGACUUUGACUGCUAGGGGUACCAGUCUCAUACAUGGCUCUCUGUCAAAGCUCAAGCCUCAAAUUACCAAGUCCUCUACGGUUCACUCAAGCUUUUUGUGCACCCAUCCCGAAGGGGCUAGGCUGAAUUCUCAUGCCAGUAAUUCGCUUAAUCCCAAUGAGAAUGAACCUAUCGUGACUCGGCUCCCUCAUAUGACUGUUGCUCUUGAGAAGCUGCAGCCCACCACUAGCCCGGUUAAUUCCUUUUCAUCCUCUGCCUCGUCUGGCUCAGCGGACUCUUCUAAUGUUGAGAACCGACUAUUUCCUGCUUCUGAGAAUCAUCACAAUUCUACCGAGGAGGCAAGGCGGACCAAUUUGUCGGGCAAGCUAACUAUCCAGGAAUCAUCUAAUUCGGAACGAAAGCCUGCCGACCCUAUAGAGCGUAGUGAUAAAGAAUCCUUUGGAAGUAUAUCUAAUACCACUUCCACUAUUACUGCAUUGACAUUUUCUUUACACUUUGAGCUUUGGUUACGUAUCCUCAUCUACCGUAUACAUCACAUGAUAAAUACUACAAGACGGCUCUUCUUGUGGACAUUUAGCUUCUCUACUUUUUAUAACUCUCAUCUUGAUUACGCCGACUACGAUGCUCGAGAAAUAUCCGAGAAUAUACCUGAGCGGAGGAUACUCGAAUGUACCAUAUUUGACGGAACUAUGCUCCUAGAAUUCUGGUAA